AAAUCAUCAAACUUUUUAGUUCCAUCAAAAUCAAACAUCAAUGAAUCAAAGACUCCUUUUUCUCUUCUUCUACUUCACUCAUCAUCAUCAACCUCUAAAUAAUCUGAUCAGAUAAUCCAAUUAUCGAAUUUUCAAUACCAAACCAAUGUCUUUAGCACUCACUCUAUGUUCCUUAACCACACUGCCAUCAAAAUCCCACAUCAAAUUCAAUCUCUCAACACAUAAAAACCAAAGACUCAACAUUCCCACAUCACCAAAAUACAGAAAGCUGCCAACUUUAGUUAGAUCAGUUGAUGACAAUUCUGGGCAUUUACAUGUGACCAAAUCAAAACCCAGAUGGGAAAAUGUGCUGUCUACUGCAGCAAGUCUUUAUCCUCUUUAUGUGACUGUAGGAGGGAUUGUUGCUUGCUUUAAACCGGAUACUUAUGUUUGGUUUGUCACCAGAGGACCAGGUUCUUAUAGUUUGACACUUGGUUUGAUUAUGUUGUCUAUGGGUAUUACUUUGGAGCUUAAAGAUUUGAUUUCUUUGUUUAUGCAAAGGCCUUUGUCUAUACUAUUUGGAUGUUUUGCUCAAUAUUCCAUUAUGCCAGCAUUUGCAAUGAUUGUUAGCAAGGCCUUGGGACUUUCACCUUCUCUUUCAGUUGGACUGAUAUUACUUGGAUGUUGUCCUGGAGGUACCGCCUCUAAUGUGGUGACCUUAAUUGCUCAAGGAGAUGUUCCGCUAUCUAUUGUCAUGACUGUGUGCACUACUCUUGGUGCAGUAGUUCUCACUCCCCUGUUGACAAAGAUUCUGGCAGGAACUUAUGUUCCGGUGGAUGCUCUUAAACUUUCCAUCAGCACCCUGCAGGUGGUUGUUGCUCCAAUUCUGCUGGGCUCUUACCUGCAGAGCACAUUUCCUGCAGCAGUGAAAGCCGUGACACCAUUUGCGCCACUAUUUGCUGUUUUAGCAUCAUCAUUUCUUGCUUGCAGCGUCUUCUCAGAAAAUGCUGUUCGUCUUAAAUCCUCAAUGGUUGGUGCAUCAUUGCCUCCUGGUUCCUCUCCGCGUCUUGUUAUUCAAUCGAUAUUGUCUGGAGAACUGGGAAUGGUUAUACUUUCUGUUUUGUUGCUGCAUUUAGCCGGUUUCUUUGUGGGUUACACAUCAGCAGCUAUUGGCGGGUUCAAAGAACGAGAAAGGCGUGCUAUAUCAAUUGAGGUUGGUAUGCAAAAUUCUUCGUUAGGUGUGGUUUUAGCAGCAUCGCAUUUCACUUCUCCAAUGGUUACAUUACCUGCAGCUAUAUCUGCAGUCAUUAUGAAUAUCAUGGGAAGCAGUUUGGGUUUGAUUUGGAGAUAUGUCGAUCCCUCCGAUUCAAAAAUUAUUCCUAAGCUUGACAGAAAAUGAAGCUGGAACAGUGUAUAAUGUUGAUUGCCUGUUCGAGUUUAAUACAUUUUCUUUAUUUAA